CAUUGCACAGCCCCAUGACCUGCAGCCUCCGGACCGCGCUGCAGCGCCGACCCCCGCCCACCCGAAUGAGUCAGCUAAGGCUGCUGCCAUCCCUGUUCGGGGCACAAGCCACGAGGUUCCUGGCUGCACGGGACAUCUCAGUGUUCAACUGGCGUGGCAGGUCUUCUGGGUCACCAGCCACCUUCCCUGGAAGCAAAGGUGGAGGUGGCUCCAGUUACAUGGAAGAGAUGUACUUCGCCUGGUUGGAAAACCCACAGAGUGUUCACAAGUCCUGGGACAGCUUCUUCCGGAAAGCCAGUGAGGAAGCCUCAUCUGGCUCUGCUCAACCACAGCUUCCCUCUGUCAUCCCUGAGAGCAGGCCCACAGUCUCUGGCCGGACCAGCAAACUGGUAGAGGACCACCUGGCUGUGCAGUCCCUCAUCCGGGCCUACCAGAUCCGGGGCCACCAUGUGGCCCAGCUGGAUCCCCUGGGCAUUCUGGAUGCAGACCUGGACUCAUUUGUGCCUUCUGACUUGAUCACAACCAUUGAUAAGUUGGCAUUUUAUGACCUGCGGGAGGCUGACCUGGAUAAAGAGUUCCAGCUUCCCACGACCACCUUUAUUGGGGGCUCUGAAAACACCCUCUCUCUGCGGGAGAUCAUCCGGCGCCUGGAGACUACCUAUUGCCAGCAUAUUGGCCUGGAGUUCAUGUUCAUUAAUGAUGUUGAGCAGUGCCAGUGGAUUCGGCAGAAAUUUGAGACCCCCGGUGUGAUGCAGUUCUCCAGUGAGGAGAAGCGAACCCUGCUGGCCCGGCUUGUGCGCUCCAUGAGGUUUGAAGAUUUCCUGGCCCGGAAGUGGUCCUCAGAGAAGCGGUUUGGCCUGGAAGGCUGUGAGGUCAUGAUUCCUGCCCUUAAGACUAUCAUUGACAAAUCCAGUGAGAUGGGGAUCGAGAACGUCAUCCUGGGGAUGCCACACAGGGGCAGGUUGAAUGUGCUGGCCAAUGUGAUCCGAAAGGACCUGGAGCAGAUCUUUUGCCAGUUUGACCCCAAGCUGGAGGCAGCAGAUGAGGGCUCUGGGGAUGUCAAAUACCACCUGGGCAUGUACCAUGAGAGGAUCAACCGCGUCACCAACAGGAACAUCACAUUGUCACUGGUGGCCAACCCCUCCCAUCUGGAAGCUGUAGACCCUGUUGUACAGGGGAAGACCAAGGCAGAACAGUUCUACCGCGGGGAUGCCCAAGGCAAGAAGGUCAUGUCCAUCCUUGUCCAUGGGGAUGCUGCCUUUGCUGGACAGGGUGUGGUGUAUGAGACAUUCCACCUGAGUGACCUGCCUUCUUACACCACCAAUGGCACUGUGCACGUCGUUGUCAACAACCAGAUUGGCUUCACCACAGACCCCCGAAUGGCCCGCUCCUCACCAUACCCCACUGAUGUGGCCCGAGUGGUCAAUGCACCCAUCUUCCAUGUGAAUGCAGAUGACCCAGAGGCUGUGAUAUAUGUGUGCAGUGUGGCAGCUGAGUGGAGGAACACCUUCAACAAAGAUGUCGUUGUGGACCUGGUUUGUUACCGGCGGCGUGGCCACAAUGAGAUGGACGAGCCCAUGUUCACACAGCCGCUCAUGUAUAAGCAGAUACACAGACAGGUGCCGGUGCUGAAGAAGUAUGCAGAUAAGCUCAUUGCUGAGGGAACAGUCACCCUGCAGGAGUUUGAGGAAGAGAUUGCCAAAUAUGACCGGAUUUGCGAGGAGGCAUAUGGAAGAUCCAAGGAUAAAAAAAUCCUUCAUAUCAAGCACUGGCUGGACUCUCCUUGGCCUGGCUUCUUCAACGUGGAUGGGGAGCCCAAGAGCAUGACGUGCCCCACCACAGGCAUCCCUGAGGACGUGCUGACCCACAUUGGCAAUGUGGCCAGCUCUGUGCCCUUGGAGGACUUUAAGAUCCACACAGGCCUCUCUCGCAUCCUGCGUGGCCGUGCAGACAUGACCAAGAAACGGACAGUGGACUGGGCGUUGGCAGAGUACAUGGCCUUUGGCUCCUUGCUGAAAGACGGCAUCCAUGUGCGGCUCAGUGGACAGGAUGUGGAGAGAGGCACGUUCAGUCACCGGCACCAUGUUCUCCACGACCAGGAAGUUGACCGGAGGACGUGUGUCCCUAUGAACCAUCUGUGGCCUGACCAGGCCUCCUACACCGUGUGCAACAGCUCCCUCUCGGAAUAUGGAGUCCUUGGUUUUGAGCUGGGCUACGCCAUGGCCAGCCCCAAUGCCCUGGUUCUCUGGGAGGCUCAGUUUGGUGACUUCCACAACACAGCCCAGUGCAUCAUCGACCAGUUCAUCAGCACUGGCCAGGCCAAGUGGGUGCGGCAUAACGGCAUUGUGCUGCUUCUGCCCCAUGGCAUGGAGGGCAUGGGGCCUGAGCAUUCCUCAGCAAGACCGGAGAGGUUCCUGCAGAUGAGUAAUGAUGACUCUGAUGCCUACCCAGUGUUCACUGAGGACUUCGAGGUGAGCCAGCUCUACGACUGCAACUGGAUCGUGGUGAACUGCUCCACGCCAGCCAGCUACUUCCAUGUGCUGCGCCGGCAGAUCCUGCUGCCCUUCCGCAAGCCGCUGAUCAUCUUCACACCCAAAUCUCUGCUGAGGCAUCCAGAGGCAAGGUCCAGCUUUGACCAGAUGGUGUCCGGGACCACCUUCCAACGAGUAAUUCCUGAAGAUGGGGCUGCAGCACGGGCUCCUGAACAGGUGCGGCGGCUCAUCUUCUGCACGGGAAAGGUGUACUACGAUCUGGUGAAGGAACGCAUCAGCCAGGGUCUGGAGGAGCAGGUGGCCAUCACACGCCUGGAACAGAUCUCUCCGUUCCCCUUUGAUCUGAUCAAGCAGGAGGCAGAGAAGUACCCAGGAGUGGAGCUGGUGUGGUGUCAGGAGGAACACAAGAACAUGGGAUAUUAUGACUACAUCAGCCCACGCUUCAUGACCAUCCUUGGCCACACUCGCCCCAUAUGGUAUGUGGGCCGUGACCCAGCAGCUGCACCAGCCACUGGAAACAGGAAUGCACACCUGGUGUCACUGAAGAAGUUUCUGGAUACUGCCUUCAACCUUCAGGCCUUCGAGGGCAAGACAUUCUAGAGUUAGUCAAGGCCUACCUGGGUCUUGCUGUGGGAUCAAUUGGGGAUUUAGGAGGCCUGAGAGGGGGAAGGACUACUUGGUGCCCCAGGACCAACCAUUCUUAUGUAGCGAUUGAGGCCAAAGAGUAGCACUGCUGGCUUCGGUACUAUACCAACUUUGGCCUUCAUGUUUAUUUCAGAAUCUGUAGGACUGAGAAAGUCAGAGGGGUCUGAUAGAAAGGAUAUAAUUCUAGAGUAUUCCCUCAGUUUCCCCAAGCUUUCCGGAAGCUUUUGUGUUAUUUCCCCAUCUGUGUUGUUCAUGUCUCAAAACAGCCAACAGCAGUCCUUGUGUCACUCCCAUCCUGGCAGACUUGGAUGCCACUCACCCUAUCCAUGUUCAUCUGUAGAUGCAAAAGGAAGUUCGCUUUUAUGCUCUUAGACAUGGAGAUUUCAGCAAUAACAAGCAGGUGAAGCAAAACCAUGCCAGGUGACUUAUGUAUGCUCUGUUUUAUGGGGCGUGUCCUAAAGGUAUGCCAGCUUCAGUGUGAGAUGCAGCCACAGCUCAU